GUUACUUUCCCGGCUCCUCAUUUUCCGUUUUUCACCUCUGGUGCAUUGUUUACGUGGAAGUGAGUUUCUCUCCGUCUUCCGGGUUGUAGAUCCUUCAGGUUGGCAUUUCGCUUACAGCGAAGCUCAGCUGCGAUGGCCGUGGUUCCUGCUCAAUCUCUCCGGGUUUCGGAUAUCCGAGACCCGACGGUUCUGUUCGAGCGGUACAACACCGAGGAGAUACGCGGCAUCGAGCGGAAUGUCCGCGGAGAGAUCGAGCACAAGAAGGAGGAACUUCGUCAGAUGGUGGGCGAGCGGUACCGCGAUUUGAUCGACGCCGCCGACACCAUCGGAGAGAUGCGUCAGUGUUCGGAGAGCGUAGUUACGUCCAUCCAGGACAUGCACCGCUAUUGCCACAAGCUGAAACAGGGGAAAAGCGUUCCCCAAAGCAACAGCAAAGAAGAAGUCCAGAGGCAGUCCCAGGAGAGGUUCUACACCAUGGCCUCUCAGAUCAAGCUGCUGCUGGAGAUCCCAGAGAGGAUCUGGAGUUCCAUGGAGGCCUCUCAGUACCUGCAGGCCACACAGCUCUACCUGCUCUGCUGCCACCUGCACAGACAGCUCCACCUGGAGGCUGGAGGACCACAGUACAGCCCCGUCCUCGCCCGCUUCCCCAUCCUGGUCAGGCAGGUGGCUGCUGCUGGACACUUCAGAUCCACCAUUUUGCUGGACAGUAAGUCAGUCCUGCGUGGUCGGGCGGUGUCUGACCAAGCCAUCGCUGAGGCCCUAGUGUCCACCAUGCUCCUCGAGGACAGCUCUCCACGUCAGGCCCUGGCUGACUUCCUCCUGGCUAGGAAGGCCUCUAUCCAACAGCUACUCAACCAGCCACAGCAUGGUGCUGGUAUUAAGGCCCAGGUGUGUAGCCUGGUAGAGCUGCUGGUGACCACUCUGUACCAGGCCUACGCUGUCUUCUACGUAGCCCCAGAAGGGAGUCCCCGGCUGGGGGACGGAGGGCUGAGCUCCGGCCUCCUCUUCACCACUCUGGAGAACGUCACUUCCACCACACCUACAGGUAAAGGGAGGCGUGUCCUUCAGGAGGAGGUGAGUACAGGAAGCUGGUUCAAGUACCUCCCCUCUUCCAUCGCUGAGUUCCAGCCCGCGCUCAGAACCCUGGCUCAGCCAAUCCAGAGAGAGCAGCUCAGAGACACCCUACAGCAGUGGAUCAACACCUGUAAGGAGGACAUCUGUAAUGGUGUCAGCAGUCUGCUGGUCUAUGUGAACAGUCUGAAGGGCCUAGCCUCCAUCAGAGAUGCUGUGUGGGACCUCGUCUCCACCGACUCCAUCAGUCAACACUGGAGCUUCAUCUGCCAGCGGCUGUUGUUAGAUUGCGCCCAGCUAGCGCUGUGGGAGGACUUCCUACAGCAGCUCUUCCUACAACGCCUGCAGGCGAUCACCCAGGAGGGUACAGAGACUAUCUCCACCAGCUGCAGACAGCUCCUCUCCUCUGCCCUUCGAGAUCUAGAGGGCCAUCCCACCCCUCCAGGCCCCGGUCCGCCAGGCUCCAGCCCUCCCCUCCCCAGCCGAGGUGCUCUCUACGAGGCAGACGUGGCCUCCUUCCUGUGGUCCGAGGCCCAGGGGGACCUACUGAGCGACGCGGCCUGGGUCAGUGUAUCCCAACGGGGGCCACAGCACCGGAGCGGCCUGUCCAUGAAGACUCAGGCCCUGACACCCUGUGUCCAGAUCUUCUGUUCAUCACUGGAUGCUGCUCUCAGAGACCGACUGGAUGACCUGCAGCACUACCUGCCCUCUGAUAACGCAGAUCCCCAGGUCCCCUCCGUCUCCUUCACUAUAGGCCUCGGCUCUGGGUCCAGUUCUGGUUCCGGUACCGUCUCAUCAUUCGACCGGUUCACAGACGCCGUGGCGGUAGAGGAGACCCUACGUGAACGCUGUCUGGCAUGCAUACGUGACAUCAUCACCUGCGUGCGCUCUAAACUGGGGGCGGCCUCACCUGUAGGCUCCUCCCCCGGCCCAGCCCGUCUCAGCUCGGUGCUCUUCAUGGCCCGCCUCUGUCAGUCCCUCAGCAAGCUCUGUCCCAACCUCAGGCAGUGCAUCCUGGGUAAACAGGGCUGUGCUGCAGCUGACCCUGUUACCAAGGGAACACCCCGCCAAAGCAGGAAGUUGGGGAAGGCGGCUGCCAAGGCGACAGAGGUUAGCCCCGCCCAGGCCAAGUGGGCGUGUCUGAAAGAGGAGCUUCUGGUUGUCAGUAUGGAAGCAUAUCGGAUAUGGAGCUCCGCCCUCUCUAAGGCGCUGGUGGGUCGGUUUGCGACCUCGCUGCACGCAGAGUCUGCCGGGGCUAUCCUAGCAAACGCCACCAACUGGGAGGAGCUAGAGAUCCAGGAAGAGGCGGAGUCAGGGAGCAGCGUCACCUCCAAGAUCAGACUUCCUGUCCAGCCGUCGUGGUUUGUCCAGUCUCUGCUGUUCCACCUGUGUCUGGAGGUGAAUGGUGUAGGGGGUCAUGCUGUGCCCCGCCCCACCCUACAGGAGUUACUACAAGGCUGUAUGGACCUGGUGCUGCACCAGUACCAGAACCUCACACACAGCGCAGAACAGGACUGUCCAUUCCCUAUGACUCAGAACAGGUCUCUACAGCUGUUAUUUGACCUGAGAUAUCUCACUGCUACCCUGGGUACCAAACUAGAGGAUGGCAGGGGCUUCCGCUCUCAACAAGACCCCAGGGUUCAGCAGGUGUGUGAUUACUGGAGAAGCUACAUUGAUCCCUUUGACCUGGAUGUGUUCAUGCCGCCAUUCAACAGCAACCUCAACCGCCUAUCACAGAGGAGUUCGGUGUUGUUGGGGUUGUUGACCACAGAGAAGCAGUUUGUUGCCCGUGGUAACAGGACCUCUCAGGAACCCUACAACAUCCUGCCGCUGGCCAGCACCCAGAUCAGGUUUGGGCUGUUACCUCUGAGCAUGACCAACUCCCGUAAAACCAAGUCCUCCACACAGGGAACUGACAUCACACGCCCACUGGCCUCACCCACCUCUAAACCCGCCCAUGACGACACCUUCCGCCCUGGCAACCUGUUCAGACAGCUAGCCAAUCAGGAGGAGGAGCCCGUGGCGCCGCCGUCGCUAUUCAAGCUGGGCUGGCUCUCUGGCAUGUCCAAAUAAGGGUCUAUGUCCAAAUAAGGGUCUAUGUCCAAAUAAGGGUCUAUGUCCCUAAUGACUCUCUCUAUUCCCACUAUGUAGUGCACUACUUUUGACAAGGACCUAUGGGAACUAUUCCCACUAUAUAGGGAAUAGGGUGCCAUUGAACACUGAACCCAAAUAAGGAGUGUGACUGUUUGUAUUCUUUAAACACCUUGUACUGUACAGAGACUGUUAGAAGAUAUGAAUCAAUAUUACAGUUUGAACAGAUUAUUAAUGAAA